GCAGCCCGGCGCACGGGCACGCGUUGUGCACACACACACACAACACACACAACACACACAACACACACAACACACACAACACACACAACACACACACGCACCCCCGACCCACGGGCGCGACCCUGCACACGCACACACUCUCACAUUCACUCACUCACACACUCACAUUCACCGCACCCACGGGCGUGCACCCACGCAGGGCACGCGUACGCCUUCCCUCAUCCCUGCACCUCACGGACCUCCGCCCAACCAUCCCCGACCCCGUCCCGCUCCCCUCGCCUCCCGCCGUGCCCGUGUCCCCACGGGGCCGGUGUAAGCUCCACGCGAGACGGCCCGGCCUGGCCCCGCGGGGAGGUCCCGGGAUGGAGCGAGGGGGACACCAUCACCCCCCGACCGCCCUCCGGGGCUGGCAGCCGGCCCGAGCAGCCCGUGGGCAGCGGCUGGGGGUCCCCACGCAGCACCCGGCCCAGCCCGGCCCUCACCAGGGCUUUAUCCGACAUCCCCCAGAUACUCCCGGUGCGAGGUCGCGAUGCCCCGUGGGUGGGAGAGUCACGGGCGGGACUGUGGGGGGACGUGGGGGACACGGGACAGGGCUGUGACCCCAAAGGGCCGGUCCUGGCACCAACACUGAGCCCACGGAAGGGCAGAGGCAGGAGCACCCCACGAGUGGGAGCCCAGAGCCCCCCAUCACACUCACCCCCACACCUGGGGCCACCCUGGACGUACGGACACCCCCAAACAGGGUGAACUCCCGAGGGUGGGAGUCCCACUGGGGACAGCACCGGUCCCACAGAGCGGGGCUCAGCCCCCCACCCCUCUGUAAACCCCGGGCUGCAGCACUGACACCCUCCAAACAUCCCCACGAGUGCCGGGCCCCCGCUGCCCCCCGUGACCCCGCAGGGCAGCCAGGGUGCCCCCGGCCCCGGCCCCGCGCCUGGGUGCGCGUUCGGCUUUUCCUGUUUCAGGUCUCGCUGCGAAGCCGAUUGAGGAAACGAGGCGGCGUCACACGCGCCCUCCUGACACUGCGCCCCGCGAAUGUGACCGGCGUGAGGAGCCGCGGCCGGGCCGAGCGAGCGGCUGAGGGCAGCGGCUCGGCCCCCUGGGAACGAUGUUCUCACGGAAGAAGCGAGAGCUGAUAAAAACCCCCUCCAUCUCCAAGAAGAGCCGGGCGGGAAGCCCCGUCCCACAGACCCUGCCGGACCUCUCCCGCAAGGAUUGCCUGGAGGCCUCGGGCCCCGGCGUGGGGGAGCUGCCCCCCGCCAGCGCCAAGCUCAGCAGCAGCCCCAGCGCCGCGGGCACCCUGAAGCGCCCCACCACCCUGAGCCGCCAUGCCAGCGCCGCCGGCUUCUCCCUGCCCGCCGCCCCCCGCGCCCUGCCCAAGGGCCACAAGACCCCCACGGCCUACAGCCCCAUGGAGGGGGGGGACGGUCCCUUCAUCGACCCCGAGGACAUCUCCCAGCUGCUGGCGGACGUCGCCCGCUUCGCCGACGCCCUGGAGAAGCUGCGGGACAUGGUGCUGCGUGAUGACCCCAAGGAGCCCCAGCGGCCACUGGCCCACGAGUGCCUGGGUGAAACCCUGCGCAUCCUGCGCCAGGUCAUCAGCAAGUACCCGCUGCUCAACACCCUGGAGACCCUGACGGCCGCUGGGACCCUCAUCUCCAAAGUCAAGGGUUUCCACUACGAAUCCAACAAUGAGGCAGACAAGCGGGAGUUUGAGAAGGCCGUGGAGACCAUCGCUGUGUCCUUCAGCAGCACGGUGUCCGAAUUCCUCAUGGGGGAGGUGGACAGCAGCACCAUCCUCUCCAUCCCACCCAGCGACCAGAACCAGACUAUGGAGAGCCUCUAUGGGGGGAUUCCUGGGCCUGGAGGAGAUGGAGUGCCCUCGGGCAUGGACAGCUAUGACACAGCCCGUCCCCCGGCCGAGGAGGUGGACGUGAUGCUGCAGCGCUGUGAGGGCGGCGUGGACGCUGCCCUCCAGUACGCCAAAACCAUCUCCAAGUACAUGAAGGACCUGAUCGGGUACCUGGAGAAAAGGACCACACUGGAGAUGGAUUUCGCCAAAGGGCUCCAGAAGAUGGCAAACAGCUGCAAGCAAACCAUCAGUCAGGAGACCAACAUGCCUUUCCUGUCCAUCUAUCUGCUGGCCCUGGAGCAGGACAUGGAGCACGGGACCUCAGUUCUGCAGGCAGCCAACACCCUGCAGCAGCAAACCUUCCUCCAGCCACUGACGGUGAGACGCCUGGAACACGAGAAACGCAGGAAGGAGAUCAAGGAGCAGUGGCACCGGGCACAGAGGAAACUGCAAGAGGCGGAGGGGAACCUGCGCAAGGCCAAGCAGACGUACAUGCAGCGCAGCGAGGAGCACGACAAGGCCAAGUAUGUGACAGCAAAAGCAGAGGAGGAGCAGCAGAGCACCACCAGCAGCAUCACCACCAAAACCCUGGACAAGAAGAGGCGGCUGGAGGAGGAAGCCAAGAACAAGGCAGAAGAGGCCAUGGCCACGUAUCGCACCUGUGUGGCCGAUGCAAACACGCAGAAGCAGGAGCUGGAGGACACCAAGGUGAACUCCCUGCGGCAGAUCCACGAAGUGAUCAAACAGACUGACCAAGUCAUCAAGUCGGCCACCAUCUCCUUCUACCAGCUCAUGCACAUGCAGACGGCGCCGCUGCCCGUGAACUUCCAGACUCUGUGCGAGAGCAGCAAGCUGUACGACCCGGGCCAGCAGUACGCGUCCCACGUGCGGCAGCUGCAGCGCGGCGACGAGCCCGACGUCCAGUACGACUUCGAGCCCUACGUGUCCCACAACGCCUGGUCUCCCUUUACUCGGGCACGGAAGGGCAGCUUCAAUGCCAGUGAGUUCUCCACGAGUGCAGAGGGGGCUGGGGCUGGCUCAGAGGGAGCAGCAGGAGCCAAGGAGUCACCAAGUGGGGCUGGAGCAGCCGAGCGAAGAGGUGCGAGGGGACACCAGGUCCAUAAAUCCUGGCCAACCUCUGUUGCUGAUGCUGACAGCAGCCUGGAUUCCAGUGCAGGUGAAUUCAGCCACAAGCUCCAGCGGCUGUCAUCCGACGGCACCGCGUCCUCCAGUGAGGAGCUGGAGGAGAAGGACGGGACCACCACUCCCUUUGAGCAGAGCAUCAACGGGAUCACCCCGGAGCUGGCAGCUCCCACGGGGCCCUUCAGGAAUGUUGGCUUGUCCAGGGCUGCCCAGACCCAUCGGCUGAGGAAGCUCCGUGCCCCUUCCAAAUGUCGGGAGUGCAACAGCUACGUGUACUUCCAGGGAGCUGAGUGUGAGGAGUGCUACCUGGCCUGCCACAAGAAGUGCCUGGAGACCUUGGCCAUCCAGUGUGGGCAUAAGAAGCUCCAAGGGAAGCUGCAGCUCUUCGGGCAGGACUUCACGAAGGCAUCUCGGGGCAGCCCGGAUGGGAUCCCCUUCAUCGUCAAGAAAUGCAUUUCAGAGAUCGAGAAGAGGGCCCUGAAAACAAAGGGCAUCUACCGAGUUAACGGUGUCAAGACCCGUGUGGAGAAGCUUUGCCAGGCCUUUGAGAAUGGGAAGGAGCUGGUGGAGCUGUCCCAGGCCUCCCCCCAUGACAUCAGCAACGUCCUGAAGCUCUACCUGAGACAGCUGCCGGAGCCCCUGAUGCCCUUCAGGCUGUACAACGAGCUGAUGGGGCUGGCCAAGGAGAGCCUGCAGGGCGGCGAGGCCAAGGGCCGUGGUGGGAAGGGCGGCCCUGAGCUGGUGGACAAAGGAGCUGACACCGACCCGGUGGUGCUGAGCCUGGUGCUGAAGCUGAGGGAGCUGCUGAAGGAGCUCCCCUGCGAGAACAUGGCCACGCUGCAGUACCUCCUGCAGCACCUGCGCAGGAUCAUGGAAGUGGAACAGGACAACAAGAUGACCUCAGGCAACCUGGGCAUCGUCUUUGGGCCAACGCUGAUGCGCCCCAGGCCCACGGACGCCACCAUUUCCUUGUCCUCGCUGGUGGAUUAUCCCCACCAAGCUCGGAUCAUUGAGGCACUCAUCAUCUUCUACCCCACCAUCUUCGAGCACAAGGACUUGGCACUGGUGGAGCCCGGCAGACGCGGCUCGGGCGCCACGGAGGAGGCCCACACAGGCUCCCAGCCCGUGGCUGCUCUUGGCACCAGCCCCUACCUGGAGCUGCCUUCGGAGAAGGGGGAUUUGGCUUUCAGCGCUGACUCCCUCGCAGAACUCCUCUGCCCCACAGAGUCCGGUGAGCGCUCUGUGGACUCUGACUCGGAGCUGGAGGACGGCGGGGAGCCACGGACACGGCUGACCAAGCAGGGGAGCGAGACCAGCACGGAGGAGAGUCACUUCUGCGACGAGGGCAGCGAGGGGCCGCGCAGCCGGAGCUGCAGCGUGGGCCAGUCUGAUGCAGAGGGCCCCGCUGCCCACUGCUGCAGCCCUGGGGACGAGCAGAGUGACACAGAGGAACACCCUGAGAGCCACAGCCCUGCCACAAACCAGCCUGGCAGCCCUCGGGGCCGCAGCAGCCACGAGCUGCAGCCCCGGCUCCUCUGAGCCACUGGGAUGGACAAAGGGGCAAAUCCCAGAGACUGCUCCGACCUUGUAAAUUGGAAUGGGGAGGGGUGGGAGGGAAAUGUGGCAGCUCAGGGUGGGGGAUUUGGUGUGGCAGCUGCAGUCGCGUCCUGGUUGAUUCGUGGCUGGAGCUUUCACACAAAACCCCUGAGCCCCUCGGUGCCUGGCCAGGGAAUGGGGUCACAGCCUGCUGGGACCCCUAGCUCAGUCAAGGCCAUGAAGGACCUUGCCAGGGAGGGAGUGGAGUGUGGGCAGACUGUCCACUUGUUCAGGAUUAGGAAGGAACCCAGGGCUGUUCUUGUGCCAGUUUUAUUUUUGCUGUGCUCCUGAACCCCUGAGUCCCACACCCGUGCUAUGAGAUCGAGAUUGGAUGGACCUGGUCAUCCCUGAUGGCUGAGGCUGGAAGGGAGCCAAGGCUGCCAGAGGUGACAUGAGGACAUCACUCAGGGUGUGCAGGAGAAUGGCACCACAGGGACAGACAGAACUGGAGGCAGCUCACUGACACAGGGACAGGGACAGGGACACGGCCAGAGCAGCGCUGGGGUUGGGCUGAAGCCCCUCCACCAUCUCUGAGCCAGGCUUGGCUUUGGGGCUGUGCCAUCUGCCAGGAUCUCAGGGCAUGUCCCCCACUGACAUCUGCCUGAACAAAGUUCAGGAUAGAUUUCCUGCCCCAAAACCUCAGCACUGUGUGUUCCUGGCCCAGCUGAUGGCAUCUGCAUUGCUGCUUGGAUUGACAGGUAUUUGGAUUGGUGAGCAUUUCCCUCCUUGGCAGGAGCCACACCAGGGGCAGCCACAGGCUGUGGACAGCCUCAGGGCAGACUUGCCCUGCUGCAGGAUCCUGAGCAAUGCUGAGCUCUCAGCAUUUGCUUUUACAUACACAUAUCUCCUGAAAGAUGCACUGCAAGUCCAGAACUCCCUCUACCUCUUGGAACUGGACAAGGGGCACCACAGCCUGAAUCCAGCCCAAGCUGCAGCACAAGUGUAUUUAAUCUUAAGCUUCAUUUUUUGUAAAGUCACAACUUUUCAGCAUGAUUCCAUUACAUCUGCUGACAAAGGGACUAAAGAUAAAAUGUUCUAUUUUUUUUAAAGCUAUGAGACUUUCUUCAUAGCAUGUAAGCAAGUGGAGUUUUAGCUUAGAAUGAGCUGAGAGCCUUUUUGUUCUCCUGCUUGUGGGAGACAGACCAUGUGGUGCUGGGAAGGUCUCAGACACCUUGGUACUGCAGACCUGGGCAAUGGACAGGAGGUUUGAGCCCUCUGAAAUCCAUGGAGACUUCAUCUCAGCAAAGGUACACGAACCCAGGUUAACCCUCAGGUUUGGAGCAGAGCCAGGCCAGAGCUGGAGACACACAGGAUUUGUUGUGCCCUCCAGCUCUUGCACAGGACAGUUGGAUUUUUCCAGGGCAGCAGGAGGAUGUGGGGAUGCUGCUACCACAGCGGUACCGUGUGCGUGUGAGGAUGAUGAGGGUGAGUGUGAGUGAGAGAAGAGGCUCAAGCUGUGCUUAAGCUUCCUACGGUGGCAGCCCCCUCCUGGUUGUGUCGAUUCUGUGUCUGUCCUGACAGGCCUGUGCUGCUGCAGGAUGCUGCAUCUCUGUUGACGUUAAGCUUCCGAAUAAUCAAGUAAAACUGGAAUGUUCUCA